AUCCCUUUCAAACCCCUCAAAAACCUCUCGUCAUUUUCCGUCAUCAAAGCAACGCCGGCAACUUCUCCGAGAGAAGCCAGGAAACACGAACAACCAAAUGGCGAAGUCAUCCACCAUCAACAAAGGAAGUACGGUGGAGGAAUGCCAAGAAAUGAUCCGGAGAGGUCUUAGAACUCCAAUGGUAAAGUUCUUAAAAGAGCAUCUGGAGAAAUCUGGUUGUCGAAUUGGUGAUAACUUCAUAAAAGCUAGCCAUUGCGACCAGAAGAUCAGCGGCGGCUAUGCUCGUGGACGUGGGAUAAUUGUGUGCAGUAACCACAUGCAAAUUCAAGAUGAGGUGAAUCAAGUUCUCAUACAUGAGUUAAUUCAUGCAUAUGAUGAGUGUCGUGCUGCAAACUUGGACUGGGCUAAUUGCGCUCAUCAUGCUUGUAGUGAAAUCAGAGCUGGCCAUCUUAGCGGUGAUUGCCAUUACAAACGGGAAUUACUGAGAGGUUAUCUUAAGAUACGGGGCCAUGAACAAGAAUGUGUAAAGCGAAGAGUUAUGAAAUCGAUGUCUGGUAACCCAAACUGUUCAGAGUCCGCGAGUAGGGAUGCCAUGGAAGCUAUCUGGGAUGUUUGUUACAAUGAUACUAAGCCCUUUGACAGAGCCCCUUGAAACAUAAUGAUUACCAGUAGCUUCUCAAAGAUAACCAAGGUGGCCUUCUGGCAAACUCGAUACACUGAUAUCAGAUUGAAAAAAUCGCGGUGUUGGUUUAGUUUUGGUUGAUACCAUUGCAUUAUUGAGGCAUAUUGACUGAACUGUGAUGUAAUGAGCAUAAGUUCUGUAAAA